AACAAUAAAUAAUUUUAUAUAGUCAUUUUUAACCGAUAAAUGUAAUUUUAAUAUCGAUUAAUUUGACAGAUAUGGCUGAUGUUAUUGCUCGAUCUCACGGGGGUGAUGGUGGAGGAUACGAUCCUCCACGUGGACCGUCAGAUAUCCCAGCUGAUUGUGAACGAGCGCCUCCAAACAAACGUGGACGCCAUAAAGGAUUGAACACGUGGGAAAAAAGGGAACAGUUGGGGCGACCUCUCCCUCUCGAGUGGGAUGUGCGGGGGAGAACAUAUAAAGAGAUCGGAGAGUACAACUCAAAUUUCUCAAGAGAGCUCAGAUUACUUGUUCGACAGUACACAGAUCCGGACUGUCCUCAAUGGUCAAAAGUACCAAAUGCUUUGAAAGAAAGAAUACUUGCACAUUUGGAAAUAUGGAGAAGGGCAUAUGCCUGGGAUCUUGAGAGGCAUUGAUACUUCGUGUACUAAAAAGUAUUCUGACUGGAAGUACGAUAUUAAAGAACAUUUAACGAUUAAUGGGCCACAAAAUCGUUAUGGUGGUUGCACGGAUACGCAGUGGCAAAAAGCCAUUGAAUUUUUCCGACGCCCAGAAAUUACGGUAUUAAUUUCUUGCUAAACUUAACUAUCUUAAUUAAAUAUAUUACUAACGAUAACUUUUUGCAGAAACGUUCUGUGGUCAACAAGGAAAAUAGGAAGAAACUGAAAGAGCUUAGCUAUGGAGGUUCU